AGGUGACCAGGAGAAGGAGGUGUGCGGGGAGGUGAAGGUGCCCCAGUGAUUAACUCAGAGAUCGAACCUGCAGACCAAGCGCAAAGUAGAAACUGAAAGUACACUGUCGGCUGAUCCUACGGAAGUUAUGGGAAAGGCAAAGCGCAGAGCCGGACCGUGGUGUGUGACGCCCCCCCUGGGAUGGAUGAAACAGCAGGCGCGGCGUGGGUAGGAGGAACCAGCUGCAGAGACUGCCCUAGCCGGCACGGACUCCCGGCAACUCCGCGGAAGACCAGGGUCCUGGGAGUGACUAUGGGCGGUGAGAGCUUGCUCCUGCUGCAGUUGCGGUCAUCAUGACCACGCCCGCCUCCCGCAGACCAUGUUCCAUGUUUCUUUUAGGUAUAUCUUUGGAAUUCCUCCCCUGAUCCUUGUUCUGUUGCCAGUAGCAUCAUCUGAUUGUGAUAUUGAAGGUAAAGACGGCGGAGCCUAUCAGAAUGUUCUAAUGGUCAACAUCAAUGAUUUGGUAUGUGACAGCAUGAUAGACUUUGAUAGCAAUUGCCUGAAUAACGAACCUAACUUUUUUAAAAAACAUUCAUGUGAUGAUAAUAAGGAAGCUUCAUUUUUAUAUCGUGCUGCUCGAAAGUUGAAGCAAUUCCUUAAAAUGAAUAUCAGUGACGAUUUCAAUCUUCACCUAUCAACAGUUUCACAGGGCACAUUAACACUGUUGAACUGCACCAACAAGGGUAAAGGAAGAAAAUCAACUUCCCUGGGUGAAGCCCAACCCACUAAGAAUUUGGAAGAGAAUAAGUCUUUAAAGGAACAGAAAAAACAGAAUGACCUGUGUUUCCUAAAGAUACUACUACAAAAGAUAAAAACUUGUUGGAAUAAAAUUUUGAGGGGCGCUAAAGAACAUUGAAAAAUACGGAGUGGCAAUAUAAAAACUUAAGAGCUUUAUUUGUAUCCUCCAAGAAUCUAUCUGCUUAUGCAAUUUUCCAGGGUAAAAUGCCUUCUGGAAGUUACUGAAUGCAUCCUGGUAAAAACGGAUUAUGGCAAUUGAGAAAUCCUUACUGUAGUGCUAGAAGAUGGACAUGAACAGUGGAAACCACUGCAACCAACAGUGGAAACGCUGCAAUCAACAAACUAUUUCACAUGCAUGAGGACAUAUAUCAAUCGGUAUUAAUUCUGAACUGAUUUUUGUAAGAUAAUCUAUGUAAGAUAUUAGUUGCAAUAAUACUUUUUAAACCUGUUUAAAAUUUUCAGAAGACAUAUAAAUUCUGUGAAAUGUAUAAAGUUUACAAGGAUUAAAAAUUAACAUUUCAUUAUUACCAAUUGUAUGGCCCACUAUGCAUCAGCAUACUGCAAUGAGAGUGGAAAUUGUCAUCUGUGCUGGAAAUGUUUCAGAGUUACAGUGAGAUAUGCAUAAGGCCCAUGAGAACAAGAGUCAUACAGCUUAAAGAAGCAGUAGCAUAAAGGAAUCCAAGAUAAUUGAGAGAUGUAAUUAAACAUGAAUGUAUAACACAGUGCCUUUAAUAAAUGAUAUAACAGAUGUUUUAAAAUGAAGAUAAAGAAUAAUUUCACAAAAUAGAAAGUCAUCUGUUCUA